AUGCUCAAAAUUGUCGUAUACGCGAUUAUACGUUUACUAACUAAGGUUGUGACUGCUAGUGGUCCGAUUCCGAGUAUGGAGAACAAGCCUUGGGUUGAGGAUGGUGGAGCCGGGCGGAGCAACGAAGAAGAUCGAAACUGGGAAAUCAAUGGCGAACAGAGCUCAGAUUGGGAAUCUCAGAUUCAUCACGAGCCUCAGCCAACCUCGAGCUGGAGCCCAUGUUUACCAGACCCAAAUCGAAUCGAGCAAACGGAGACAGCAAGCACAGCCAUCCACAUCGAAGAUAUCGAAGAAGAUUGCCCCUCUAACGACCGCCAAAUUUACUGCGUCACGUUCUUCGGUGAACAAAUCCGAACCACAUUGGCCUAUACUGCCUCCGUCGUCGAUGACUGGAUCGCGGAUAUUCAACGCAUCCACCAUCAGAGAAUCGAUCAGAAGCAGCUCGUCGUGGGUCUUGAUAUCGAAUGGCGUCCAAGUUUCAGCCGCAGCGUUGAGUACAAGGUUGCCAUUUUACAGCUUUGCGUGGAACGCACUUGUCUGGUAUUUCAACUCCUUUACGCGGAUCACAUACCUAAUUCUCUAAUCGAUUUCCUGAAAAACCCGAAUUUGAGGUUUGUUGGAGUAGGAAUCGAAGGGGAUGUCGAGAAGCUAUUGGAGGAUCACGAAUUAAAUGUCUUGAACAAUCUGAAUCUUCGUUCCUUGGCUGCAAAGAGGUUGAGCAUGCCGGAGCUUAAGAGUUUUGGGUUGAAAGAGCUAACAAGAGAGGUACUUGGAAAAGAAAUAGGGAAGCCCAAGAAGGUAACGAUGAGUAGAUGGGAUGCAGAGUGGCUCACCUACGAUCAAGUUCAAUACGUUUGCCUCGACGCUUUUCUUUCUUUUAAGAUUGGAAAGAGUUUGAUCAUGGAUUGUCCAGUUCCCUAG